UUGUUGAGAGACUCUGUCGCGAGCGGUUGUGGUCUCGCUGGGUUAUCGUGUGCGCCUUUUGUCCGUGGAGGAAGUUUGCAAUCGCGGGGGGAGCGCGAGGACUUGAUAAUUAUACAUCGGAAGUUGUGUAUUCGCGGGAUUAGAUUUGUUGCUCCUCAAAAAAAAUUGUGGUGCUCCCAGAAUAAUUCUGGAUAGAGGAGUUUCUGUAUAGUAUGUGUAUUAUUGCUAUAAUCAGUGCACACUUGAAAAAAAUGGGUUUGUCAAAUGCUCAGAAGAAUAAGAACGAGUUGAAUGAGCAGGCGUGCAGGAGUGGUCCAGCAUCGUGCUCAUGCAAAAAUGUGGAUCUAUUUGUACCACCGCAGCGAAAGAUAAAACUGCUGAAAAAAAUUAAAUUGCGCAUGGGAUUAGCAACACGAAGUGGGGUUCCGUGUCCAAGUCCCAACAAUUUGCCACCGCUGACCUUUCAUCAGGUUCAUGGGGAGAACAUCAGGAUCUCGAGUGAGCGUCGUGUAGCGCGUCGCCAUGAGAGCUUCUGCAAGGGUAUAUCGUUCAGCUCACGUCCGGUGCGGAUAAAUGAGCGGGUGUGCAUCAAAUUCAAUGAAAUCUCCAACAAUUGGAGUGGCGUAAUUCGCUUCGGGUUCACAUACAAUGACCCGGUGAGUCUGCGAUACGGUCUGCCCAAGUACGCGUGCCCGGAUCUGACCAACAAGCCGGGAUACUGGGUGAAGGCACUCAAUGAGAGCUACUGCGAGCGCGACAACAUCCUCUUCUACUACGUCACGGCGUCGGGAGAUGUACACUUUGGCAUCAAUGGGGAGGAGAAAGGGAUCUUCAUCACGGGCAUCGAGACGAGGAAUCCGUUGUGGACCAUCAUUGAUAUUUAUGGGAAUUGCACGGCGAUUGAAUUUCUGGAUUCGAGGAACUACGUCAAUCACCGCUACCAGCAGCCUCGCCACUCAGUGCCCGAUGGCGAGGUGGAGAGAUUGAUGCCAAAUAUUCAGGCGCUGUCUGUGCAGGGCAGCACCGAGGAGAUUUUGCCACCCAUUCGGUUCACUCCGCCACCGAACACAGCUCUCGUCCCGGUACCCUUUCACCGCACGAAGGGCCGCAAUAUUCGCCUGUCUGCAGAUCGAUUAAUCGCCUCGCGAAUGGACACGGAGUUUUGUCAGGGUUACGUGUUCACAGCCCGUCCGCUGAGGAUUGGCGAAAUUCUCAUUGUGCAGGUCCUGCGGACUGAAUCAAUGUAUGUUGGUGCUCUCGCGUUGGGGCUGACAUCGUGCGACCCCGCAACACUGAUGCCCACAGAUCUGCCCGAUGAUUCGGAUCUGCUGCUCGACCGCCCCGAGUACUGGGUGGUGAGCAAGGACAUCGCAUCUACGCCAAAUCGCGGCGACGAAAUCACCUUUUGCGUGACUGUCAAGGGGGAGGUGACGAUAAGCAAGAAUGGCGGACCUGCCACGGUCGUGAUGCAUGUGGACCAGAGCCUCGAGCUCUACGCUUUUCUCGACGUGUACGGCUCCACACAGAGUGUCCGGGUGAUGAGUCUGCCCCCGCCUACGCCGCCCAUUGCCGUGCCCACGCCCUCAGUCCUGCCGCAAAACCAUCCAAACGCAUCACCGAGACGCCUUCAGGUGCAGUUGCCAGGCUCUGAGUCUAUGAGCAGCAUCAGCAGCCACGGAAGUCAGGUGGAGCAGCGGAAACUCAUGCCUGUGGCUUGCACAUCGGCCAGUCGAGUCAUCAAUGUCCCACCGACGAGGGAUAUGAUCCAGUUUCAGCCACGGGGAGCUGUCUUGGUGGUUAAUCUUCCGCCCGAUGUGCUGAACAAUCAGCAAAUGUCACCCCGCAUCCCCAGCUCAACUCUCUUGUCUACGCAAAGCAAUGCCACGUAUAUUGAGCCCUAUUCCGUGUCGUCGGCGAACCAUGUCAAUUCCAUUGCCGCCAACUGGCAGGAGGGAGCGGCUGGACCUGGAGGAGCUGGGACAGAGUGCACGAUUUGCUAUGAGAACUCGAUUGACUCGGUGCUCUACAUGUGCGGCCACAUGUGCAUGUGCUACGAGUGCGCCGUGCAGCAGUGGCGAGGAAUCGGCGGCGGACACUGCCCGCUCUGCCGGGCGGUCAUUCACGACGUGAUCAGGACGUACAAGUCAUGAUAUGGGGUCGUGUGAGGGAGCCACGUGAGCAAUUCCGUCACAAUUAGGGGGCCCCUCUUGGCGUGGAGUGCGACGAGGGGGCGAUAAUUCACUUAUGGGUCGCUCUAUGCGACCGCUACGAGACAAAUUAGGCGGUAGAGAAAUGAUAAAGGCACAUGCACGACAAUUUUCAAUGAUGUUCAUAGCGACACAUACGAAUUAUCCAAUAAUCAUGACUGUAUCUUUAUUAGUUUUCAUGAAGUGACAAUUUGUAGCUAUCAUUGGAAGGACUUGCGGCCUCCCAGUGUUGACAAGGAGCGAGAAAUGAGCAUAAAAAAGAGAUAAAUUGUAACUGACUGAUCUGUACAUAUAGUUUAUAUAACGAGAAAAUGUAUUAUUUUUAUUUAUUUGCACAUUCGCGAUGAAAACGCUCUCUUAUUCCCUCUCAAAAUUCCACACGAUAAGAAUCUGACAAAUGUGUUAUGUUUGCCCCCGAUAUUUUGAUAUAAAACCGUUCUACUUGACCAAAGUACAUUAUCUUUUAGCAUUAUGUUCUGCAAGGAAGCAAAGUUAUUGAGCCAGAGGACAAAUGCAUUUAGUGUGUGAGAAGAUGGAAAAUAGCGUUAAGAGAUUAACAUGCCAAAUUUUAAUACAAUUACUAUUGAAGGAAAGAUUAACCCAUAGAGAUACACUUCUGCCAAAUAAAAAUCUCCUACUGAUAUUCUCAUGGCCAGUAAAGUUGAAUUUUCAAUCAUCUUUCUUUCCUAUGGAUGUCGUAAUUUCAUCGAUUUUAUAUUGAUUCAAUCUUCCGUUAGUGUUGAAAAAUAGCGAAAUAAAUCUUUCUCGAGAUGAAAUGGAAUAAAACAUAUUGAAUUAUGCAUUAAA